GCCAUUACCACUUAUACUGACCGGGAAGCGUUGGUUUUGCAUAAUUUUCCGUCAACAACUAAUUUUGAAUGUAAUCUAUAAUACCAGUAUCAUGUCAGUUGAUGUAUUUCGUUUCUGUAAAACUCGGUGUUUGUAGUUUCGCGGUUUGUAAGCAAAUUGAAUUUGUGCCGAAAUCCAAUUGUCAAAAAUUGAAAAUCUUACGGUAGACGGAUCGGUUAAAUUUCACAACAUUGUUUGCUGCCGAAGGAAUCUCAGGAUCGAAUGUUGAAAAAUGUCUAGAAGAAAGAAAGUUGAUUAUGCUGAAGGUGAAAGCAGUGAUGAGGAGGAGGACUUUUCAGCGAGUGAAGAUGAAUGGCAACCAAAUGAAAAGGAUAUAUCCGACGGGGAGAGUGAGGACGAUAAUGAUGAAGACUUCGAUGCGGAUUCAACUGCAAAGUUAGCCAAAAGAAAGUGCUCCUCGAAAAAAAGUACAUCAUCAAGCAGCAGAAAAUCAUCUGGUAAACCUAAGCGAACGACCUCUUCAUUGCGCAGUCGCAUGCUAAAAAAAUACAAGCCCACACCGCAUAUACUUCCCCCCUCGCCUGCAAAGCCUAUUAGUAAGGAUAUAUCGAAAAUACUCGAAUCAUCAAAAUAUCAAGGGAAAAAAUCAAUCACCAGCUCACAAGAAGAUGACGAUUCUGAUGGUAGCGGCGAUGACUAUCUUAUCAAGCCCAAUAAUCUUGACCUGAAAUCCAGUUUCUUUGAUGUGACGCAAAUGUCGAAAACAACAUCAGAGGAUAAAGUACCAGAAUUCGAUUGCAAUGCCGGAAUGAAUCUGAGCGAUUCAGAAGAUGAUGAAGAAGAAAUCAAGCCAACCACAUUGGCAUCACAAAUGAUUGAAGAAGAUGAAGAAGUCAAAACUAAUUCUAAAGGAUCUUCAAGUUUGAUAGCAGGAAUCAAUAAAAACUCGGCUGGUCAAAUAGAUUUCCACAAAUUGAUUCAAUAUAACAGAGAAGCAAAUGAAGCUGAAGAAAAACUGAAAAAUAUCAAAGCUGCCACUUUUAAAAAUGAAGAUAAUUUAAAUGUCUCAAAACUAUUAGCAAUGGGAGAAGGUAGCAGCAGUUCUACAGCUGUAGCACAUUGCAGUCAAAGUACUCAAAAAGGCAAAGGAAAUGUUGCAAAAAAGCGUAAGAGAGCCACCGAUCUAGUUGGAAGUGAUUCAGAUACUGACUGGGAACAAGUACAAGAUCAUUCAACAUUAAUGUCUGAACAGAAGGACAUUCUACAAAUCAAUAUUCCUCUGCCCACCAAGAGUUUGGACGAGAAAAAGAAAAAUACUCGUGAUGUUGAAAUGAUGAUAAAACGAAGGCUAAAUCGCGAUAUUAAAGAGCAACGUGCAUAUCUUCAUAAAGUAAGCCUUCUAUGCCACAUUGCCCAUGGUCUAUAUUGCAAUAGGGUACUAAAUAACCCUUCACUGAUGGCAGCUGCUCUAAAACUACUUCCUAAUAAAAGUUGCUAUCCAGACGGAGCCACGUGUAUAAAGUAUUUCGAAUCCAUUGCAAAGUGGUUUAAACAAGCCAUUCCCAUUAGAAAAAAUCAAAUGUAUUUAGGUACGAACAAACGGCCUAAGUUGGGAGUAUCUCUGGCACUUCAAAUUAAGUACAAAGAAGCACUUUGCAAGAAGGAUUUCGUGUUGAUCUUCAUUAUACUUUUACGUGCUAUGGGGAUACCCUGCAGAUUGGUGAUAAAUCUGACACCAUUUUCAAUACGGCCACCGCAAAGUGAACUUCAUUCGUUAUCCACAAAACCAAAAGAUGCAAAAGUGGAGCAAGAGGAGAAGGUUAAAACAAACCGUAAGGGAACCGAAAAUAAAGAAAUCGAUUCAACAGAGAGCAGCAAGAAGCAUGCAGUUUCUCAUAAAAGGCACGACAAAAAAACUGAAAAGAGUAGUGAGCAUGACCAAAAACCAAAGGCUGAAAAGAGAAAAGAAGAAAAAGCUACUAAAAGGGACGAGAAGGCGGUCAAAAAUAUUAAACAGGCAGAUGAGAAGGAAAAGUCAUCUAAAUCAAAGGAAGACGAUGAAAAGGGCAAAAGGAAAGGCUCGGAGAAGAAAGAACUUCAUAGUGACAAAUCCAAUAAGAAGUCUUCAAAAAACACAGAGAGAAAGAACGAGAAGACGAAAAACGCUAAACCACAGAAGAACAAUGAAACUGAUGGCACGGUACUAACGCUUCCUAAAGAAAUCUCCCAAACCAUAUCAGAAUCUACAGUUGUAUCUAAUUCAAAACAAGUGAGUGGGACAGUUACUACAUCGUUGGGUGCAUGCGCCGAACCAACCAGCAAAACCGAACAAAAUCACCCAGAAAUAUCAAAUAUAACUAAGUCAGCACUCAAGCAGGACUUGAGUGCUGAAAACGUCGAACCAUUAUCAGAGAAACUUGAAAUUGGUUCUGAGAAAAGUUCGACUUUAAGUAAUAACCAAGAGGUUGAUGCUCCUCCGGAAUUGGAGAAAUGUGGUGGUGAGAUGGUGAUGAAUUCCGAUUGUCCAGACGCUCCCGUAUUGUUACCGAUGGUAAAAACUGAAUCUAAUGAAGACUCAAUCACAAUUGGACCGUCGGAAAUUCCAGGCACAGUAGAAGAUACUGUAAAAACUUCAAGUUCACCAUUACCUCUCAUGAAAGAAGAAAUCACUGAAAAUACAAAAACAUCUCUUUCACAAAAGUUGAAGCGCAACGUAAAGAACAAAAAAACAACCGCUACAACCUCAAACGAGGCCAGCGAGGAGCCUGCGGAAAUGGAAACCGAACAUUUCAAAGAACUCCAAAAAAACGUUCCAAAGCGAAAGAAAGCCAACACGAAACAAAACGAUGCUAACGAACUUCCCACUACUACCACGAAAAAACGAGGUGCUAAGGUUGAGUCAAUCUACUUUCAAAUCCCGACAAGGCGCACAACUCGCUCCAGAGCAAAGCAACAAGAACUUGAAGGCACUGAACAGCCUACUAUACCGCAAAUGGAUGGAGCAGAUGAUAAUACCCGUGUCAACUUGAAAAAGCUUAAACCGAAAUCUCGUAGACCAUCAAAUUCAGAUGAUGAUUUUGUUCCGUCACCACCAAAAAAACCUCGUCCUAGCACAGCUCAUACCUCUUCGAAAGGAAGUAGAAGCAAAAAGGAACGACAAGUUCUCUCGAGUAGCAGUGAAGAGGAUGAGAAAAUCAAGAAAAAUAAAAUGGAUAUUUGGGUCGAAGUGUUUUCGGAGAAGGAAGAAAAAUGGGUCCCUAUUAACUUAUUUAAAACACAAGUUGAUAAUCCGGAUGAAUUGAGAAAAUCAGCAACUGCUCCAGUUGCUUAUGUUUUUGCAUGGGAUAACGAUAAUUCAAUGAAAGAUGUCUCUCCACGAUACUGUCCACAUUGGAACACGGCUACUAGGAAGCAACGAGUCGAAAGCGAGUGGUUGAAUAUUGCAAUAAGAAGCUAUACAGGAAGAAAAACGAGCCGAUCAAAAGCCGAGGACAUUGAAUUCCACCGGAUGCAUUUAGAUAAGCCUCUUCCAAGUUCAAUUGCAGAGUACAAAAACCAUCCGUUGUACGCUUUGCAACGUCACCUACUAAAAUUUGAAGCAAUUUAUCCACCAGAUGCAUUGACACUAGGGUUUGUUCGUGGUGAGCCCGUCUACGCUCGAGAUUGUGUUCAUAAUUUGCACUCACGCGAAACCUGGCUUAGAGAAGCUCGCGUUGUAAAACCAGGGGAGAAAGCGUACAAAGUCGUUAAAGCCCGGCCGAAAUGGGAUAAGUUAACUAAUACAGUAGUGACUGAUCUGCCAUUGGAUAUAUUCGGCAAGUGGCAAACAAUGGAAUAUGACCCACCUACUGCCGAAAAUGGUAUUGUACCUCGCAAUGCGUAUGGUAACGUGGAUCUCUUCAAGCCCAGUAUGUUACCUAAGAAGACCGUGCAUUUAGACUUACCCGGGUUAAAUAAGGUCUGCAAGAAAUUGAAAAUUGAUUGCGCGCCUGCCGUGGUUGGCUUUGAUUUUCAUCAAGGCGCUUGUCAUCCUUUGAUUGAGGGAUAUGUUGUUUGUGAAGAAUAUCGAGAUAUUGUUAUUGACGCAUGGAAUCGUGAACAGGAAGAGGCAGAGCGAAAGGAAGAUGAAAAGUAUUAUCAAAGAGUUUAUGGCAAUUGGAAAAAAUUAUAUCGUGGGUUGUUAAUUCGAGAGCGCUUGAAGCGAAAGUACAAUUUUAAAACUUUGAAAAUUGAUGAUGGAAAACCGAAGAAAAAGAAGAAAACCGAAAAUCAUUGAUGUUAAAGAAGAAUCUGUUUGUGAAGAUAUCUGGAAAAGUUAAUUUUUUUUUGUUUAUAUUUUGCUUUGUAUACUCUUUUGUAACCGUUGUAAAGUUAAUAUCUUAAGAUGUUGUUUUUUGUACCCUCA